UUAUGAAAGAGAUGAAGUGGAAUGCAAGACAACAGUUGAAGAGCUGGCAUCAGGCAAAGAAUGUGAGCCAGCAGUUUUGUUGAUGCCAAUCGCCGAUGUAUUGUUGCAUCCUGAAUACAAACAUUUUGGAGUUAAACAUAGUAUAGCGUUACUUAAGCUUAUUACGCCUGUCAAAUCACAAUACAUGGUGCCAGCUUGUCUCCCUUUCAAGAAUUUUGCAAUGGCCAGAAGCGGAAAGCAAACCAAAGAUAGUCUUCUCCAUAUUGACUUCUCAAGUGAUGUUCCAAGAGAUUUUCUGGAAGAAGAAAAAGAUAUUCAGAAAGUGAAACUUCUUCCGAGGGAGCUGUGCUAUUUGUAUGAUGCCCUUCCCCUAGGAGGAGUAAGCGUAUUUCCACAGAACGUAACGAAGCUGCCGAAGGACCGCGUAGCGUGUACCACUGGUUGUGGUUUCCACUCUGGAUCGCCUUUAUUCAUCCAUGAGCAUACUGGCCAUUGGUCAAUAGUAGCUAUUUCCCAAGGUGGGUCACCAUGUCAAGAUCCGCUGCGCAUACGACGACCUCCAGCCCCGCCUCUCCAAACCUUAAUUCACCCGUACGUGCCAUGGAUCACGGCUGCUAUUACUGGCAAAGCAGUGGGUUCAUUUGCUAAGGAUGACCCUUUUGGAUAUGUUAUGCCCCGUACGUCCAUUUAUGAUCUGAUUGCCCAUACCUGGGUCGGCCACUGGUGGAUGGGUGGUCUCCGCUGCUACGAUAGAGGAGAAGCCGCAGAUGACAUGUUCAGAUUUUACCACGAGGUGUUCCAGGUCAAACCGACUACAACUACGUAUUUGACAUACUAUCUUGAGAUAGAUGCAGCACGUGACACUAUGAUCAUUUGUGUGAAAGUAGGAAUGCCGUAUCGGCUUGGACAGCCCAAGGUCUGGCAGCUGGAUACUCCAGAAGUUAAGGUGAGGUUGCCGGUCCGAGGAUUCAAACACACAUACAAACUUCAAGUGGAAGCAUGGGCUUACAACGCUACAGAAUCAGUUUCAUCAUCAGACUCAGACACCAGCUCUUCAGAGGAAAUGUAA